GGCUGUUCAAGUACCUGCAGAAGAAGUCUUUCGACCGGUUGCCUGUCAGUUCAUUCAUAUAAAGACUGCUUCCGAUCAGCAGUGAACAAUAGAACUCGAAAACACUUUGCUGCAAGCACAUUUUGUUCGCCCGUCGUUACUCGGUCAGCAGAUCAUGGAUUUAUCAGCUUUACUCCCACUGUUGCUACUAUCGUUGGCCUGCGUUCCUUCGUCAACGGUGGCCAAUAAGGUGGAAACCCGAGCCACUGCCCCGAACUGGCUGUCGGUAGUGCCAAAUCAUUGGAUGUGCGCUGGGGAUCGUGCGCCGGUUUACUUCGUCCACGACACGGACUGCUCCCGGUACUAUGAGUGUGUCUGCGAGGAUGCGUACGAGUACGCAUGCGAGAAAGGGCUACGCUUUAACGCGCAAACGUUGCGCUGCGAUCAACCGAGCCAUGUAAGCUGUCCGGGUGGGUCGGGCGAUCCUUCCAUCGUUCAGCCUUCCGUCAGUACGGAUGGUCCGGUUGCUGAUCCGGCUGAAGAUCCGCGCUGCCCAUCGAAGCAAGCGAACCAGUACUGGGCCGACGAGAGCAACUGUUCGAAGUACUAUCAGUGUGUCCGCGGGCAGGUUGUGGAGCUGACCUGUCCCGAAUCGCUGGUGUGGGAUAAUGCGGCGAAGAAGUGUAGUGUGCCGAACCCGAACAAAUGCUGUGCGCCCGUACCGGCGGCCCCGGUUCUGGAGGAGGAAGAAUCUUUGGGCCUGUGGGGUCGAAUCCAAUCUUGGAUGGGCUAAUCCGUUGGGGACGCGUGCAAUAAAAGCCAAGACUAAGUAAUGAAGC